CUUGCUCCAAUCUCGUAGAACUCCAUGCCUUUCAUUCUUGGGAAGUAGGAGUUAAGAGACAAGGGAGUGAAGAGAUGAAAAAGAGAUCAAAGAUGAAAUGUUUCUUGGGAAAUGAAUCCAUAUCUUAUUCAAAACUCAUUAAUAUUGUGGUUUAUUACAUAGUCAUGGCCUCAUACUUGCACAUACACGGACAUGCCAAAAUAAACCCUGAAGAAAAACAAGUACCAGCCCUUAUAGUUUUUGGAGAUUCAAUUGUGGAUCCAGGAAACAACAACUACCUUGCUACUAUUGGUAAAGCCAAUUUCCUACCUUAUGGUAGAGAUUUCCCUGGAGGUAUACCUACUGGAAGAUACAGCAAUGGCAAGGUCCCUUCUGAUUUCUUUGCUGAAGAGUUAGGAAUAAAAGAGCUUGUGCCUCCAUAUCUGGAUCCAGAUCUACAAAUCAGUGACCUUCUUACUGGUGUCAGCUUUGCAUCUGGUGUUUCCGGUUAUGAUCCUUCUUCCGCAAAAUUAGAGAAUGUAUUGUCAUUAGAAGAUCAGUUGAAGUUGUUUAAAGGUUACAUAAACAAGCUCGAGACUACAGUAGGAGAAAACACAACAUCAACCAUAAUCUCCCAAAGCUUGUACCUAGUUUGUACGGGAAGUAAUGACAUAACUAACAGUUUUUUCGGUUCACCAAUCACAAGACUUCAGUACGACAUCUCCACUUAUACUGAUUUAAUGGUUAAUUGGGCAUCAUCGUUCGUGCAGGAACUAUAUGCUUUAGGGGCAAGAAGAAUAGGCGUGAUCAAUGCACCCCCAUGCGGUUGUCUACCUUCACAAAGGUUGCUACAUGGUGGUCUGUUAAGAGCUUGCGCAGAAGAGGAAAAUAAAGCUUCCAUUCUUUUCAACAACAAGCUCUCUUUUCAGCUAGCUUCUCUCAACCAAAAGCUUGCAAAAUCAAGAAUUGUGUACCUUGAUAUCUAUAAACCAUUUCUCAAUCUCAUCAACAACCCUUCUCAAUCAGGGUUUGAAGUAGUAGAUAGAGGAUGUUGUGGAACAGGAAAUAUAGAGGUAUCUGUACUUUGUACAAAAUUAGAUCCUGGAACUUGCCAAGAUGCCUCAAAAUAUAUAUUCUGGGAUAGUUUUCAUCCAACAGAGACAACUUAUAGACUCAUUGUCCAUGAAGUACUCCAAAAAAGCUUGGGCGAUUUCUUUUAGACAACAAACGUUUAAAAUGAAUUGUAUUUGAAAGCUUAGGAAAAUUGUACACUAAGCUGAAGAACAUUCUUUUAUGAUUGAAGCCUUGAAGCCUGAA